UUUAGCGAUAAAGCGGAGAGUGCCGCACUUCUGUUCUCGCCGAUUGUAUAUUAUAGUAGCAUACAUUCUAACGUGUACGCAAUAAAUACUUGUGCAAAUAUAAAAUAAAUAAAUGGUUCAAUACGAGAUAAAAUUGCAAGAUUUGAAAAUCCCUUAAAAGAAGAUUCAAUAAAAAAAAAAAGCGAGAACAAUUACUGCAGUUUGUACGAAGCGAGCGUUAUUUUGUCGAUAUGAAUAAUCAAAUGAACAGUGCAGUGCGUAAAAUACAUAAUUUGUUAACAAGUGGCGCGGUCACAGUAACGGGUCCUAAUCAGCCGCGCAUUUUGAAACAAAAAGUUGGCUCAACUAUAGUAACUCCCACGAACAGCAUAACGCAGGGGGGCAGCAAUCCUCGUUGCUAUGUUUGUGAUGAUGCACCCAGCAAUGGUCAAGCGCAGCAUUCGCUUGCUGAAAUGACUACCAGUCACACUGGUACAAAGUAUCCAAAUAAAAUUGGACAACUUGUCGGAGAUGCGUUUUUGGUUAUAGUGAGCUUGGAAGAUGUUGUAUGCGCACGUUGUUCAAAUUUAUUAAACUAUUUGGAUCGUUUGGAAAGUGAUGUGGAUCGUGUUCGUACAAAUUUGCUUAAUUUGCUGCAAAAGAAGUAUAAUCUUAGUGAUGAAGGGGGCGGAAAUCCACCAUCUAAAAUAUUAAAAUUAAAUAGCGGCGCUGCCGUACGCACCGCUGAGGAAUCUACAGAUUUAAAUCGCGCCCGUAAAAUGUUACAAACCACAUCUGGCGUUGAUUCGUCUUUGGGUAAACAAUCACCUCCAGUAAGCGCAGUUCAGCAAAUCAAGAUAUCAACACAGCCUUCUUCUGUGCAACAACAGCAAACUGGUACACAAACGAUGCAUAGAAAACCAACAAGAAUAUACAAAUGUCUGUCCUGUGACUAUAAAACUUCGGAUAUGCGUCUUUUUAAUGCACAUUAUGAAACAUGCAAACAACAAAGCUUCCAAUGUAAGAACUGUAAAAAGAUAUUCUCAAAUUUCGGCAACAUGAAACAGCAUAUGGUACGUGAACACAAUACAGCCAUGGAUAAUACAUGCUCGGUUUGUCAUAUAAAUUUCGUUAGUGAAAUUGCACUGCGUAAACAUAUGGAGCUCAACCAUAGCACUAACAUACUGGUCACAAGCAGUUCCACAAUACCAGCUGGGCAAUCUUCCAAUGCUGUACAGGAAACGGGCGCAGCAUCCACUUCUCUAUACACUUGUAAUCACUGUCAAUUUAAAUCCACAGAUAAAGUUGUGUUUGAUGAACAUAUGCGUAAGCAUAUAGCGACCGGUAAGCCAAAGCCAUUUAAAUGUCGUUUAUGUGCUCAACGAUUUGAGACACGUGAAGCAGCUACCAUACACGCAAAACAACAUCAACCGAAUUACUUUAAAUGUGGCACAUGCUCUAUGUCCUUCCCUAAGCGUGAACUGCUUGUUAAACAUUUCGAGCAACAUCAUCCGUCAACUGGUACAACUCAACAGACUGCUACUUCUCAGUCAAGCACUGUUACUGUAAAGCAAAUACAACAACAAGGAACAGGUUUAACUACACAAAAAUUACUACAGGAUACAAUAGACGAGGCACUAAGCGAAAGUGGAGUUGCUAAUGCAGCUGGCGCAACUGAAGCUAAUCCCACUGGCGCCAGUAAUAUACAGUUUUACUCAUGCCAUAUAUGUUCGUUGACAUUUAUACAAGAAAAUUAUUACAAUCAACACAUGGACACACAUCGUGCUGAAAAGAAGGGUAGUAAUGGUAAUACAUCUCCUGCAUCAACUGCAACUACUGCAGCUCACACUAACAGUACUUCUAUUCCGUCACUUAAUACAGCAGCUGCUACGCUACUUAGUGACGGGCUUCCAACAACAGCAGUGGUUAAAGGCGAACCAAAUACUUUAGCAGUACAACAAUCAAAUCCCAAUUCAGUUGAUUCAGACAUUGAAAGCAUUUUCGAAAAGAUGCAUUCCGACAAAGCUGAUGCAGCAGGCGGUGCAGAUACAUCGGCUACAUCAGCUGCCAAUACCGCAACAACGAACACAUCUUCUACAACAACUGGUGGUCAAGGAAAUGAAAAUUUGAUUAUAACAUCACAACAAGGUUCCGGCGGUAUAACAUUUAAUAUAACAAUUCCUCGUGAUGCCACUGAAGGUGGACAGAAUACGAAAUUGGCAUCCUCCACAACACCUGUAUCGGUCGGCAUAGAUAUGCCAAUGUUAGACCAGCCAGAUGAAUCAGCUUCAGACGGUAAGAAAAGCGUCAAACAAGAAAAAGAUUCCGAUGCAAGUGAUGCUAACAAUUCAAAGGCAAAUGCUCAACCGGUUAAUAUGCCAAGCCUAGACGAUGACAAUGAGACACAAGAAUUACAUCAAAGUGAAGCAAAUGGAAAGACAAAACCCAAUGAAAAUGUUAAAAGUGAGGCUAUUGUAAAGUCAGAAGAUAAUUCGAUUGUAGCUGAUGCAAAUGCUGAUUCCCAAGAGAGCGCUAAUACGUCUAUCAAUGAAUCAGAAGUUGGCACAAAUGAAUCUAGUAGCGAUGAACAUCAACAAGUAGCUAUGGAAAUGGAUGAAGCAAUGCAAGCUCAAGUUGAAAGUGGUCAAAUUAAAUUUAUCCUCAAUGAGAAUGGCCAAUUAUUACAAUUGGAUAAUCACAUUCUUACCGAUGCUGAUGGUAAUCAAAUACUUGUGCAAGAUCCUGAACAAAUACAGCAGCUUUUACAAAGUGUCGGUGUUUUGCAUUCCGGUGACGGUUUAGAUGGCGAAACAAUUCAAAUGAUGACAGAUGGCAAUGGUCAAAUGGUGUUAGUGCAGGGUGAAAAUAAUGAAACACAAUUAAUUGAUGCGUCACUUUUAAAUGCCGGUGGACAGUUGGUUUUACAUGGUCAAGAUGGCGAAUUGGGUGAAGGUGCUCAUGUCAUUGGUGAAGAUGGCAGAAGAAUACCAGUUUCAGUAUCAUAUACAGCUGAUGGUCAACCCAUAGUACAAGUACAGCAAGAGGUUUUAGAAGGCGGUGAAGGUGUAGUGCUUGAAAAAGAUGCUUCAGCAACUGCAGGCGAGGAUGCACAAGUAUCAGAUAGUGGUACCGGGGCAGCUGGUGGUGGAUUUUUUGCAUUAGAAGAUUUAAUGCAACAGUCGUCAGAUGCCAAAGCAGCUGAAUAGGAAAGCGAUCAUUAUAUGAUUAUAUCACAUGACGAUGAUUGGAAUCUUUAAGGUAUUGCCUCAUUUGCUGUACGUGAGGAUUUUAACUUAACAGUAGUUAAUUGACCGACAACUAAAUUCGUAUCAAGCAAUUUUUUAAUUAAGUUUGCAAAAAUGAUUAAUAAAAAAAUGUUCUAUUAAAAAUAUAACUUAAUAAAUUGUAUUGAAUACAAGAACUUGAUCCCGUAAUAGUUUUAAUUAUAAUAUCACACAAUUUAAUUAUUUCUAUAUUUUAAAGUUGGAAAUUUUUUAUUUAAUGUAAAAGAGGAUUAUUAUAUAAUAUAUAUUACUGCAAUAUGAUUGUCUAUCGAGCAUGUGCACUAACUAAAUAUAAUUUUAUUUAGGU